CAGGUUAUUUGGUAAUUGAAGUUUCAAGUUCUGUUUAACAGGAUGGCUUCAUUUGAAGAAAAUGAUGUUAAGAUCAUAGUGGGAGCUUUUGGAGAUCUAGAAGGUCGAGAACUUAGGAAGAGGGAAGAACAAGGAAGAAGAUCUUACUUAAAAGACGACUCCAAGAGAAAGUCAAAAUGGGGAAUAGGAUGCCUUAAAGAGAUUGGGCUAGGAUUGAUUGGAUUUGGUGUAAUUUUUACUCUGGUCGGACUGUUUCUCUUCUAUGACAGGAGUUUCGUUGCCAUUGGGAAUAUCCUCUUUCUGUCUGGAGUGACCUUAACCACUGGAGUGAUGUCUACUCUGCAAUUUUUUUUUUUCAUGAAACGGCAAAAUUUUAAGGGUUCUGCCUCCUUUGCUGUUGGUUUCUUCCUCAUUAUGAUUGGAUGGCCUGUGCUAGGCAUGAUUGGAGAGAUCUAUGGUCUUUUUGUGUUGUUCAGUGGCUUUUGGCCCGCAUUUGCUGUUUUCCUAAGGAAGUUACCUAUCAUCGGUGGAUUGUUUCGCCAAUCAUCUGUAUCAUCGCUCUUUCAACGAAAUUACAGGGUUAACAUGGGCAAACGAAUCCCCGUUUGAGGACUGUAGCUUAACAGUAAAUGAAUUCUGAAACCAGAAAGCUUUACAAUGAGAAGCAUCUGACCAAUCAAAGUUCUAAUGAACCUUGCUCAUAGUCACAACUGACUUUGUUGAACAAUGAAAAUAUUAUGCAGGAUAUGUACAAACUUCUUUGCUGCUAAAGUUUGAAACUUUAGCUUGUGGAUAAAACAUUAGUUGUCAAAUUGAGUAUGUGAUAUUGUAUGUGUAGUACUUGUAUCAGUCAAUGAUGUUCGGAAGCAAACAAAAGGGAGCCAUAUAGGAGAGCACAUACAAUACGAUCUGAUAGACUGAUACAGAGGCCAAGGCUCAUGCAUGAAACUGUUUUCACUAUUUUCUCAUUUCGUGAUCAAGUUCAAUUUGGUUUAUAUCUUCCCUUUAUUUCUCUCUCUUAGCUUUGACGUGGAAUGAGCUCUGUUGUCGAAUUUG